UGGAGCUGAUGGUGGACCUGUGCUCGGGCGCCAGCAUCGAAGACCCGCAUGCGGCCACCCUCGAUCUCCCAACCCAGCCGUCUCCGCCCGAAGCCCACACCUGUCGCUCGGUCUCCACCCUCCCCGGAGCGGCCCGGGUCCUCAACACAGGUGGGCCGCUGCAGGUAGGCGGAGUGGCCCACCUACACAACCACCCGUCACCCCUACACCCGCCACACCUGCACGGUUGUAUCAGGAACCUCAGAGUCAACGGUGAGCUGGUUGAUCUUGGAGGAGGAGUGCUUAGUCAGGGCAGCGCCCCUGGGUGUUUGGAGGCUGAUUGUACCUCCAGUGGCCUCCACUGUGGCCUCCAUGGUAGGUGCCAUGGGUCGCCGGGGUCGUUACGGUGUGAGUGCCAACUAGGGUGGGCGGGGGCAGGGUGUGGCACGCCCACCACGCCCACAACCUUCCUCCUCAACAGUUACGUCAAGCUGGCUCUCUCUUUCACCCCUCUGGCCUACACCACCGCCGUCUCCCUCAGAGUGCGGACGCGGAGGAGGAGCGGCCAGCUGGUGAUGCUGUCGUCCCAACAUGGACGGGACAGCUGGUCCCUGCAGCUGGUGGAGGGCCGCGUGUGUGUCAUUCUCAAGCAGCUGGUCCAGACUCAACCAGCUGCGGCCUCUACCCAGCUGUGCCUCUCCAAAGCCUCCCUCACCGACGGUCGCUGGCACUCUCUCACCGCUGUCAGGUACGGCACCGCGACUCUCCUGACGGCGGACGACGGAGACGAGGAGCUGUACAACGCCUCCUUGGUGCUGGGUGGUGGUCGGCUCCUGCAGGUGGACAAGCAGGAAGGUGUUCACGUCGGUGGCUCUCCGGAGUUUGUCGAUGUUAGCGUCUUCAGGGUCCACAGUGACUACUUCGAUGGAUGCAUCGACGAUCUCCGGAUCUCUGGGCGAAGGAUGCCGCUGCCUCCCGCAGUCAACAGCACGGCGUGGGGCCAAGCCAGCGUCUUCAAGGGCGUGGAACGAGGGUGUGGAGCGCCUUCAACCUGCACCAACGUCUCCUGCAGGGCUCCCUUCGCCUGCGUCGACACCUGGAGAUCCUACCAUUGUGGGUGCGGCGACGGCAGAGUCCUGGCGGACGAGGGGGACGCUUGUGAGGAACUGGACCAGUGUGUGUGGAGACCCUGCCUCAGUGGUGGCACCUGCCUCAGUACCCACCCAGGGUACGUGUGCGCCUGUCCCGGGGGGUACAGUGGGCAGCACUGCCAUCUGGCGGACCCUGCUGCCACCUCACUCAAAUUGCCUGUAGGCCUACUCGUUACCCUGGUUGUCUUCUGCACCUUUCUCUUUCUGUUGAUUUGCGCCUUCCUGCUGCACCAGCACCGUCGAGCGGGGCCCCGCAAGGGUGCGGCGUCCUGCGACAAGACCACCACCACUACCACCACUGUAAGCUGUGAGAAGCAGGUGGCGUCGCCGGUCUGUGAACACACGCCCAACCUGUUGCAACUGCAGCUGCUGAAGCCUCCAGGAGCCAAUGGCCAGCUGCCCUGGACCAAGAAUCCCAACAUUGCAGAUGUAGAUGUCCUGCGGGUGGAGGUGUCGUCACCCCCCUGCAGCAGUAGCAGCAGCGGCAGCAGCAUAAUGCAGGAGCAGGGCAAGGAUCACCACCACCAUCAUCAUCACCACCACUAUCACCACCAUCACCACCAGAGAGGUGUUCCGAAUACACCUCCCUCUUCACCAUAGCAGCAUCACCACCAUCAGCAGCGGGGCGUCUUGAACACCUCUCCAUUAUCCCCACACGAGCAAGGUGCCAGCCACAACAACGAACUGAGACGCGAUGGUGCCAGUAGAGGAGUCUUGAGCGGAGCUGAGCAAUACCUGCAGUCCUGACACGCUAUUGGCCCAGGCUUUGAGCAAACGGAGGCGUUCCACAGGGCGGAAUCCUGACACGCUAUUGGUCCAGGCUGUGACCAGUCAGGGGGGCACUCCACAGGGUGGGGGUUCUGAUAUGCUAUUGGUCCAGGCUUCGACCAAUCAGAGGGCCCUAAAGAGAGUCCCCUCGACCACGUCCAAAAAUGCGUUUGAUCCAGUAACCAAAAUUCACGUCCUGGAGACGUCCCUCAGCCAAUCAGUGAUGAAUCGGUUGACUGUUAGUAGUCCCUCAGCCAAUCAGUGAUGAAUCGGUUGACUCUUAGUAGUCCCUCAGCCAAUCAGUGAUUAUUAGCAAAAUACUUGUAUCUUAAGCUAUAUUGGCUAAUCAACAGUGAAUCAAAAUGACUACCUCCAUUUUCAUCUAGUCACUCGGAACUGAAUGUUCAUUCUCCCAAUCUAAACGACCAAAUGUUCACGAAGUUUGUAAGUGAAGAGUCCCUGUGAUGCUGUAAUUGUCGUUUUGUUUUUCAAGUGAUCAUUUACCCUUGCAAUUAAGGGAACGUUAAACUUUACAGUUAAGUUUACUAAAGGUAAACAGGUAAAGGUAAAAGUUUACUGAAGGUAAACUAACCCCAGUUGAUAUUUUUCUUAGAAAAAUAUUAUAAAUGAUACUUCAUUUAUUUUGAAAGAUACUCCUUUCUGGUAAUCAGUUAUUGUAUAUCCAUAUAUUUUUUACCGGCUCUUGAACAUACACACAGAAUAUGUAUUUCCUGCUAACACUUAGUGUAUACGAGUUUUGUAUAGUUUAAUUACAUGAAAAGUAAUGAAACAAAAUCCUCAGAGAACAUGCUUGAAGCAGUGUAGUGAUUGAACCAGCUGUCCUGAGUCACUCCAAACAUGCAUCUUACCUCUAGGUGCAUGUCUGGGGGCGAACCUGGACGCUGGUUCGAAUCCCUAUAAACAUGUGUCCGGGGUGACCCACGAUGCGGGUUCGAUUCCCUACACUGUUCCAGUGAUUUUCUCGUAGAUAUAUAUCGCUAGUGUGAUUUCCUAUAUACAGUAUUCUAUAUAGGAUCCAAAAAAUCCUAUAUAUUUUUCCCAGUGUUUUUGAUAUACUGUAACUAAUACAGUUGAUUAAUACAUUCAUUCAACUAAAGAUGCUGCAUUCAUCAAUGGAAAUGUUAUUGAAACAUUAUUGCACAAAAUUUGUUGAUGAUUUUAGAGGUUUAGGAAAUUGUAUCUUUAUGUAUAUAUGUAUGUAUACAUGUAUGAAUGGUUGUAGUUAUUUCAGCUGAAGGAAAAGUGGGUUUGCUAUCGUGCUUCGUUUGGUCAGCGGCGUAUAGUAGUAGACAGCUCAUCCAGCACGGUAACCAAAAAAAAAGAAAAGCUGUUGUAUUUUAGAUUUUUUUUUAAUUUUAGAUUUUUUUGAAUUUUAGAUCAUUUUGAAUUUUAGAUUUUUUGUUGGUUAUCUACGUUGUGUUGGCACUGAGGAUAUCUUUUUUUUUCCAAAGGCUACUGUAAUGCUAUAAUUUAUAGAAACUCUUUGUAAAAUAUAGUACAGUAUUUUUUUACAAAUUAUAUCAUUGUUUUAUAAUUUCAUAAAAAGUUGAAUUAUUUGUCCUCGUCGGCUACAUAUUUUCUGUGAUCCUUCUAUUGUUUACCUGUUUGUAAAGAAACAUACUUGUGAUGCGUAUUGUGUAUAAUAUGUAAAUUAUUGAUCGGAAUAAAGACUA